AUGGCAAGCCCGCGAUCUUCCACACUCCAAUGGGCCGAGUCCAUUUUUGCUCGUGAGGCAGUAUCGCUCCAGGUGGCAUCAAGAUUGUGCCUUGUGGAUAUGGCCUCAAUGCUUGCUGUAUGCGCCACUACCGCAACAGUUUUUCGAGAGGCAGGAUCUUUGACCCUCGCUCAGUCAGGGCAACACGGUGAGACUCUCAUGGACUUGGUUUGUUGCGCAUUGGGCGCAUCCUUGAGCAGUGGUUUAAUGGAUACCCUGGAAGGCCUUGUCCGGUUUCCGCAUGGAAGGCCGAUCCUCUGCCAUGCUGCGUCUUCUGGCCGUCCAGAUGUUGUGAGAUGGUUGCUAAAGCAUUGGAAGUCAGAAUUGGAGUUAGCAGAUGAACCCUGUGGGGCAUCACCAUUGCACUUUGCAGCAUUAGGCGGCCAUGAGCACGUUUGCGAAGUACUGAUUGAACAUGGUGCCGCAGAUGUGGAUUGCCGGGACAAUUCAGGGCUUCGAGCCCUUCACCUGGCAGCUGAGCAGGGUCAUGUCAAAGCUUGUCUUUCCCUUCUUCAAUGUGGGGCAGGGCCAGAUGGACCAGCAGGAUUCAGUGAUCUUGCGUGCGGUGCACCAACACCGCUUCUUUUGGCUGCAGAGUGUGGUCACGCAGAGGUUUGUGCCCUUCUUGUGACUUUCCGUGCAGACCCUUUGGCUUCCAGCCUCGAUGGGCGUACUCCACUGGCUGUAGCUCGACAAAAUGCAAUAGGAGCUGGGUCAGAGCUGCUCGCUUCGCUCGAGGCAGCUCUUUGGCCAAACCGUGAGGCCCGGAAACUUCAGCCAGUGUUGGCAGGACCUGAUGCUCAAGAUAUCAUCCGUCGGACCUUGCGGCAGCGCUGA